AUGCCUAGUACCUCAAUCUACAACACUGAGGAAAUGGCCCGAGGACGAACGCGGUAUCGCGAAGAUGACGCCCUGGAGACAAUCACAUUUGAUGACGCACUAGGCUUGUCGCUAGAUUCACCAGAGGAAUCAUUGGAGGAGGACUCCGAUGACGAAGGUCCAGCUUCAGUGACAUCCAAAAACAGGGAUUCAUGGCCGUCAUGGCCGGAGACAACGUUCUUGAAGACCUAUCCUAUGCGUUCCCCGGUUGAGUUCGACAGUUCCGGGAUUGACUUUAAAACUUCCCCGAUUAACUUUAAUACCAUCACCAUGCCGGAUGAGGAUUCACGUAUCACAAGCAUUGCCACAACUGCGAGCGAGCACAUCACUGCCCUACGACUCGUCGCAGAUUCAGUCGCACAGCAGAGACAACUCGCCGCCCGGGCUAUCCUCUUCGACCCCAUCUGCUUGGCCUUGUUACCACUGGUGCCAGCGGGGAUGUACUACUCACCCUACAAAGACCGCAUCGACAUACUCACUAUCCUGCUGCUCAGCACCGGUGCUCUCAUGGCGUUCGGGAGUAUCGUAAAGUGGUCGCUGGGGGGAUACCUUGAUGCAGCGGAGAGAGUUGGCACGUGGAGAUGGCUAUACGGAUUGGAAGACGACAAUGCGACGAAGAUGCGAGGUCACUACCAGGGAGGUGUGUCCAACAAAAGAUACGACGGAGAGCAGGUGCAAGUCCGGAGCAUCCAUUCAAAGCGGGAUAUCGUCCUCGUCACCCGACCUGACCCCUUCGGCGAAAUCAUCGGUACCAUUAUCCUCCGUAUUGUCCCCAUAACGCGCGUUUCAAGGCUGUCAACUGGGUCAAACAGCUCCCAGAAGAGGCGUCUGAACACCCCUCGCUCCAUGCGCGAUUGUAAAGCGAUCAUUCGUGCCUGGACCGUCAAGCAGAGUCACCGCGGUGCUGGGAUCGGAGCGUGGAUGCUCAAAGACGCUAUCGAGCUUUGCUUGCAGUAUGGAUGGGUGGGGCCGGAGUUUGCGAUGGAUCAUGCGAAUUCGGUGCGCGUUCUCCCACAGCUGUUCAAUGGUUGGUUGGAUGCGAUGGAGGCUCGAGCGAAGAAGAGGCUACGGCGGGAUAUUGCGACUCUGACUGCGGCGCUGGAGGUUGCGGAUGGAUCAGCCAUGCCGGGGGUUCUAUAA